UCUGGAGCCAUUAACACUAUCACGAUGGGGAUAGCUGGGUCUGCCGCGAGUGUUGUGGGUCACGGCGCUGAAUAUGCUGCAACCUAUGUAGCGCUCGAUGCUGGUGGAAGCGUCCUCGAAUAUCAAGAAGGCAAACACCACCACAACAAGGCGAACGAGAAGCUCAACGCACAGUAUGAGAACUUCAGAUUACAGUAUGAUCAUGAGCAGGCAGCUGCACAGAGCGGCCAAAUCCCUCUGGCUGGAUAUCAACCCGGUCUUCAGAUACCUGGAUCAAUUCAAAGUCCUCAGUCCGCAGCACCUGUAUCACCAUCCGCGGCCAAUGUUCCGGGGCCACCAAGUCUUUCAUUUGCGCAAAAUUAUGGAAAUGUCCCUCUGCCGGCUUCUUGCAACACAACACAGCAGCAGUCAGUCGUUCAGCAGCAACAGGCGACUUUAUUCGCUGGAGGAGCUCUCCAGUUCAAUACUCACCAAAUUACAUCCAAUCAACAGACCAAUCCCAAUACCCAGCAAGCGACCCCAUUUCAACACCAGUAUGUUGCUUCUGCCACUCAGCAACAGGAAUAUGUCUCUGGCUACACACAACAAUCGGCUACCUCUACCACUCAACAACAGGCAUUCGUUUCCAAUUACCCGCCCGAGAAACCACCCAUCUCCUCCUACCCAUCCCCUUAUUCCACCCCGUUACCGGUCUACUCUCCUCCUGUGAAGACUUCGGUAGAGACAACACCCUCGCCUUUUCAGCAUAGGCCAAGCUUGCCUACACCGACAAUAACCCCCCAUGCUCCCAUGCAUAGGCCGAGCCUGCCUCCGGGCCCCCCGCCUGGCUCUGUACCUCUACCACCAGUACCGUUAGUGCCGGCUAACCAUGAAUUACCAACACCAGUAUCACCUAUUCAUGAGAUGUCAACUUCGACAGGACGCACCACACCGUCGGGGAAUGACUCGAUGUUGUCUAUGGAGGAGCAACUGGCUCUUAGAAUGAAAGUCUUGCAAAUGGAGCUUGCAAAACGAGGUGAACAUGUUGAGGUGGAGGACGAGGAAGAUGACGAGGAGGAGGAGAAACCAAAACCGCCAGAGAUUCCCGAGACGUUCCCCACUGCUGCUUUUGCUCCUGAGCCUCCUCGAAAGACUCAGGAUGCGAAGGUGGAAUCCGCGAAAUUAGAGCCAGACCUCGGACACCCAGUGCAGACCCCCAUCGACUCAAGCCCCAAGUUGAACGUGUUUGUGGAUUUGCAGCAACCGACACCCCUCAACCUUGCAAAACCUUCACAGCACCAGCCUCCAACACCACAAACUACACUGCCAUAUCCGACUUUCUCAACCCCGCAACCUGAGAAGCAACAGCAGCGACCUCCGCCUCCGGUUUCCGCUCCACCAGCUCCCGCGCCUGCUUCUGUUCCGGUAAAGACAGGGCUCUCCAUCACAGGCGGAAUUUCCAUCAGUUACAACAGAGAUACAACGCCGUCGCAGACACCCCCUAGCAGUCAAGACUAUCAUCAAGCAGCGGCAAUUCCUGUAGCCCAAUACCAACAGUCGCCUCAACAGCAACCUGCUACUUACCAGACCUAUAAUCUCCAUCAGCGUGCUUCGUCAAUUCCUAUGAAUCCACAGCAGCAGGCACCCCACCAACAUCAAGAGGCUGAAAUAUCAUAUACUCCUAAUCCACCACAAGCAAACACGGGAUAUCAAACAUACAAUCCUGCUCAGCAAACAUCUUCCGCACCCGCUGUUCAACAGCAACAAGCUGCUCCACUAACUUCGAAACCGCCUCAUCCACUACAACACCAAGACAGCGGAUACGGCAGUCGACAUUCAUCGACCUUCUCUGUGUCUACCGUCGCUUCAAUGAACAUCGAUCACAGUCAGCAUGUCGUCUCACCACCUACCCCCUCAUACGCUUCGCUAAACCAGCAAUCCAAUGUACCACAGCAGACACAGUAUGGAAACACACGCCAAUCCUCAUACGGACAAAUGCCAAUGACUUACACGCCAUCUCCAAUGUCUCCUCCACCCCCGCAGCAAUACUUUCCUCCGCCGCCACCACCGCCACCGAGUUUUGGACAUAAUAACCAGUCUCGAGUUCCGACUCCCAAUCCGCAGUUCCAAAAUUACCAACCUGGGCCUCCUGCUCCGAACUAUGGCAAUGCACAGAAUGGGCAAAAUUUCCGACCUCCUCCUCCCCCAGCCGCACAGGGUGGAAACUAUGCUCAAGGCUGGCAGUGGGAAAAUCCAAAUGCUGGAGCAUCUGGUGAACCGAACUAUGGGCCACCUCCACCUAUUCCUAGUCAGUGGCGCGGGAGUUAGAACAAAUGGCUAUCUGAGCUGAUAGAAUAGUGAAGGCGCAGUAAUAAUUUAUGAUCUUCAUGGUACGGUGCAUUGGAUAUUUUGGCGGUGAUGCUAAGAUGAUGUUAUGCAUAAUCGUCAUAAAUUUCAAUGCAAGUUAUGUUCUGCACUAUUGUGUUCAACGACAGUAGAAGAGAAGCAGG